CUACGGAUAGCUUGAGAGGAACGACAAAAGAGACGAACAAAAAACACCGGUAGAGCACGCUUGCAGCAGAAUGGGCUAAAUCGAAUUUUGGGAACUACGAAUCUGAUUGUUUACAACUUUUGAUGAAAUCGAUUUGACCUCAACUCUGACGUUCUUUCUCUUUUCUGCAUCUUAUCAGUGGAUCGAUAGAUUGAUCAAAUCAAAACAAGAGUUUUCUGGAUAUACUGUGUAUGCAUCAAAUCUACAGCAGUGACGUCAGCUCUAUCACUUCGAAAAGCUCGAUAGCUAAAGCUGAAAUCAUCACAAUGGAAGAGGAACAACAAAGACAAUCGUGCUGUACCUGGUUCCACAGUCUGAAAGUUCAAAUCUGGAUUGCUUGGCUUGGAGUGUCGGCAGGUGUGAUGGCUGGAACUGUGUUCGCAAUUCAGUACCAAAAUUGGAUCGCCGUCACGAUGUGCUUUAUCUCCAGUGGAUUUGCAACUCUGGUUCUCCAUCUUCACCUGGCCUAUAAGAAAACUCAAAUGGCAGGAUGGUCAGAAACAAGACUCCGAUGCCUUGCGGCUGUUGGAGCCACCGUAUCGUUCCUUUCAUUCAUCGCAAUGGUGUUCUGCCUGGUGGUUGCUGGAAUUGAGCAUCAGACGUUGGAUAAGCAAGGUCUCAUGGGAGCCAAUCUUUGGAUUGCGGCCGUCUGGUUCUUCAUGACGUCAAAAUGGAGUGCAUUAACCUGGAGAUUUGCCAGAAAAUACCGAGCAUUCUGUGAAGAGUCUCAACCGCUCUUGGCCGCCGCUCCACCAGAGUACUCUGUGACUAUCUAAACUUGUCAAACCUGAUGAUGUGUGUACAUAAUCUCAAACUUGGUAUUAAUCUUUCAAUUUUCAAUUUUUCAUUUUCAAUAACUAUUGGACCUUGUGCCUAAUUUUGUACUAGUUCAAAAGUAAGACUCUGUAGUACGGGUGUUCUUUUGUGUGUUCCAAUAAACAUUUCAAACUUGU